GCGGCCGGCGCCAGCGCCACCGUCCGGUCCGCCCUCCAGCGGGUACAGUCGCGCGGCCGCCGAGCGUUCUGUGCGCCGCGCUCCGAGCAUCAGGAAUGGGGCUUCGGGCGCUGGGCGCGCUCUGAACCCGGCGCACGUAAGAGCCAGGAGCGCCGGGAGCCGCCCCGCUGCCCGGAGCCCCAUCGCCUAGGACCAGGAGAUGUUGGGAAUGCAGCCGCCAGUUCCCCGAGGAGCCGCAGCCCCCGGAAUCCCCGGGCAUGGUGCGCGCCCUGGCCAGCAGCGCCUGGAGAAGACGGCGCCCCCUACACCCGACCCACGCGGCCGGGGCAGAGCCACGCGAGCCCUCUAGGCAACGCAGGGCCACAGCAGCUCCGCCGCAGGUGCCCCCUCGGAAACCAUGACCCCCGGCGCGGGCCCAUGGAGCCAUGGCCUAUAGGGUCCUGGGCCGUGCGGGGCCACCUCAGCCGCGGAGGGCGCGCAGGCUGCUCUUCGCCUUCACCCUCUCGCUCUCCUGCACUUACCUGUGUUACAGCUUCCUGUGCUGCUGCGACGACCUCGGCCGGAGCCGCCUCCUCGGCGCGCCUCGCUGCCUCCGCGGCCCCAGCUCGAGCGGCCAGAAACUUCUCCAGAAGUCCCUCCCCUGUGAUCCCCACGGGCCGACGCCCAGCGAGCCCAGCGCUCCCAGCGCGCCCGCGGCCGCCGUGCCCGCCCCUCGUCUCUCCGGUUCCAACCACUCUGGUUCACCGAAACUGGGUACCAAGCGGCUGCCCCAGGCACUCAUUGUGGGUGUGAAGAAGGGGGGCACUCGGGCGGUGCUGGAGUUUAUCCGCGUGCACCCGGACGUGCGGGCCUUGGGCACCGAGCCCCACUUCUUCGACAGGAACUACGGCCGCGGGCUGGACUGGUACAGGAGCCUGAUGCCUAGGACUCUGGAGACGCAGAUCACGCUGGAGAAGACGCCCAGCUAUUUUGUCACUCAAGAGGCUCCUCGGCGGAUCUUCAACAUGUCCAGGGACACCAAGCUGAUCGUGGUGGUGCGGAACCCGGUGACGCGGGCCAUCUCGGAUUACACCCAGACGCUCUCCAAGAAGCCCGACAUCCCCACCUUCGAGGGCCUGUCCUUCCGCAACCGCAGCCUGGGCCUGGUGGACGUGUCCUGGAACGCCAUCCGCAUCGGCAUGUACGCCCUGCACCUGGAGAGCUGGCUGCGCUACUUCCCGCUGGCUCAGAUCCACUUCGUCAGCGGCGAGCGGCUCAUCACAGACCCGGCGGGCGAGAUGGGGCGGGUCCAGGACUUCCUGGGCAUUAAGAGAUUCAUCACCGACAAGCACUUCUACUUCAACAAGACCAAAGGAUUCCCUUGCUUGAAAAAAACAGAAUCGAACCUCCUGCCUCGAUGCCUGGGCAAAUCAAAAGGGAGAACUCAUGUACAGAUCGAUCCUGAAGUCAUAGACCAGCUCCGGGAAUUUUAUAGACCUUAUAAUAUUAAGUUCUAUGAAACUGUGGGUCAGGACUUCAGGUGGGAGUAAGUCACCCACACCCAAGGGUUUCUCCGCUGGUCUCUUCCACAAAGUUUGAGGAGACUCACCCUCAUCCUCCAACACACGGGCUCCAGCCCAGGUUCCCAUCCUGGGUUCCAGCAUCUUGGAACCAGGUGGCCCAGCUAAGUCCAAGAGAACAAGGGCUUCCUGCCACGAGCUCUCCCCAGUCUGUCCGGGCACAUGCGACUGCUCCUGGCAUGUCCCUUCAGUUCCAGAAUCAUUCUCCCUCCUGCCCGUAAGAGGCCUUGGGGAAUUGCUAUAAGGAAGUGUGGAUCCCCCCAUGACGAUCGAUAAAACAAUGGUGAUGGUUCUGCUGCUAUGAACGCAGCUGUCCGUCCCCAUCCCUGUCCACCCAGGAGUGGGCUUGUGAAUUCCAAGUGGCAUGUAUCUUCCCUCUGAGCUCCAUUUCCCUGAGCAUCCCUGGGUGGUGGGAUGGGACACCAUCCUCAGUCCUCCUCAGAUCUUAGCAACUCAAGGAGAGAGGGUAACGCCAGAAGCAUCCCUCUGGCCACUCCUAGGAGAUGGACCCUUUGGUGAUGAAAUAAGCCAGUGAUUUCAAAAGCCUGUGGUCCCAACUGUUCUGGAAGGAUACUGUCUUUGAAAACCACUCUGUGACUCCCUGCUCCCUGUGGACAAAAGCACAUAAUUUUGCUGUUACGGGUACUUUCCUCACGCGAGCGUUCAUGUUCAGCAUGCGAUGGAAUCAUGCUUGUCCAUGUGAAAUAAAUAUGGC